CGCAUCAUCCGAUAUACGGAAAUCAAUCACAUAGAAUUGUUGCACCAGAUAGUUCGUGGUUUUUCUUUCGUAGUCACACGGGAAUAUAACCCGAAUCUUUUCGUCCUUCAACACCUCGAUCUCGAAUUGAAUCAGAAUUCAUCUGCGUAUUAUAUCUCCGUAUCUUAUUUCCAUCUCAGUCCCAAACUCAUGCAUACGCAAACCAGCGUUCCAAUGAAACCAAUUCCAACACAUCACAAGCACUUUCUGGUGUCUUGUCUAGCGCCGAUGAUUGAGGCUUGUCGAACCCCCGGUGUACUGGGAAGUCAUACUUUGCUCGGUUUGACGCGUUCUGAAGGUGUUCUGUAUACACCGAAGCAGAUUUGUAUCAAUUCGCUCUGCCCUAGAGAUAAUGCGGACUGGGACAGCCUGAAGAGGUAGCUGAUGCAGUUGUGUUUUUGGCCGGAUCCAUGAACAGCUACAUAUUUGGCCAGUCACAGGUGCUAGAUGGAGAUUACCUGACCCGAUAGGAUUCUCAAUGAAUGAGUGCAAUGAGCAGACGCUGGCCUGAGCCAAUGACCUACCGACCGCCCUUGCGCCGAUGCAGAAAUUCAUGAUUGC